AUGAUUAAGUCUCAGCUACCUAAAGCUAAUCCAGAUGUCCUCAAGCCUGUUGACCACCAACACAUCCUGCAAGAUUCCUGUGCCUAUUGUGAAUCUCUGCAGCUCAUCCAAGGUUCAUCCGUCUCUCACUUGUUACCUAGACCGCUAGAGUCAAUGACUCCAGAUGAGAAGAAAAUGCCCAAACAAGUCAGAUUUUCUAUAGAAACCAUUGAUGUGAUGGACAUGAAGCAGAAAUUACCUGCCACACCAGUAUCAACAAAGAAAGUUGUUUUUCCAUUCUCAUUUGAUGAUUUUGGUGAAGAGAAUGUUGAGAGCUUUGAAGGAGCUCAGCAGGAG